AUGAUAACAGAAGUUGAUACAACUAAUGAUGGUAAAGAUUAUGAUGACUAUAAUAAAGCCAAAUUUGAAGACUCUAAUAAAGACAAAUUUGAAGACUCUAAUAAUGUCAAUUAUUCUGAUCAUGGAAAGGUUCAUGAUGAUGAAAAAAAUUUAGAAAAAGAUGAUGAUUCAACAAUUAACCUUAUGGUCAAUUCGGUCGUUUCUACAACUGAUAAUCCAAGUUUACCAUGUUUGACUUUUCGAUUUUGGGUGUUAAGCACC